AUGGGCAUCGGAAGAUUUAUGUGCGUGGCAUUGCCAGCUGCGCUCACCACGGCGUCGCUGAUAUGCAUCAUGAUUGCCAUGCUUGCUGGUAUCACCAACAAGUCGCUCGACAUGUUUGAGCUUGAGACCAAGAACCUUUCCGUCUCAACCUCCACACUCCUCAACAUUGUCGAUCUUGCAAGCAACAAGGGACCGGGUCUGGGUGGACAAAUCGUGGCUGCUCAAGGACCAACUCCAGGAAAUAUCACCGCUGCUUCUCUUGGACUCGCCGAUAGCUACAAGGUCAACCUUUGGAAUUACUGCAAAACAAAUGGAACUGAAACCACCUGUACCGAUGGCAAAUUCAAUUGGGCUGAGGGAGCAACUAAUGUCACCGAGAUGCGAGAGCAAGUCCGCAUCAUGACCAACUACAACAACGCCUCUCUCCCACAGGAGCUCAAAGGCGCUCUCAAGACUUUCCAAAAGGUCCACAAGUGGACUUCGGUUGUCUACAUCAUUGCCAUCAUCUCAGCCGCCAUUACCCUCUUCUUCGGUAUCUUUGCAAUCUUCUCUCAAGGAGCAUCAUGCCUCACUUACCUCGUUUCCGGAGUCGCAUCAACCUCCGUCUUCAUCGCCUCCUUGAUGGCCACCAUUGAGAGCUCCGUCGUUGUUUCAGCCAUCAAGGGUGUUGAGAAAUCCUACAAUGUCAAGGCACACCUCAAUACCUCAUGGCUCGCCACCACCUGGUUGGCCGUUGCGUUUUCCCUGGGAGCUGGCAUUUUCUGGCUUGCCAGUGUCUGCUGUUGUGGUACAAGCAGCUCCAAGAAGAACCGCAGAAGUGGAGACAACGAGAAGCUCAUCCCAACUGGUCAAUACCACCGUGUGGAUGAUAACACUGCCUACAACAACGGAGCCGGUGCUUUCGCCAGUGGUGGUAUGCAGCCCAAGCCUGUUGCUUACAAGAACGGUGCUUACGAGCCAUACUCUCAUGCUGCCAUUUAA